CACACACACACCCUCUAUCAUCACCGCCACCACCCUCAUCCUCCUCACACACACAAAAGCAGUGCGAUUAGCUGCCUUAGGGGAGCUGAGGCUGAGGCAGCUGCGAGCAGAAAAUCAUCAUCAUCAUCAUCAUCAAGUACCUUGGAGGGGGAGGAGGCAGCAGAGGAAGCAACAGCCAUGGAAUACAAAUAACUGCCCUCAAUUCCCACCCCCAUCCCGCCCCAAAAAUCCAGCUCCCCGAGCAAGGAAUGCUUGGAGGAAGGCCGACCUAGAUGCAUCCCCCCAGCCCCCUGCUGAGGAAGCCGCAGACGUCUGCCGCCGCAUCCCUGCGCUGGAGCUCCUGAGCAGCCCCUCCGCAUCCAGAGGGAUGCUGGGCUGGGAUUCAGGCAGCAUCUGCUUUGUUCCUCGCUAGCCGGCAGCAUCGCCUCAGCCCUUCCUGGAGGGAAGCACCACGCAGCCACCCCUCCUCCCAGCACCAUGGGGACCACAGAAGCCACUUUGAGGAUGGAAAAUGUGGAUGUGAAGGAAGAGUGGCAAGAUGAAGACUUCCCCAGACCUCUCCCAGAAGAGACAGGGAUGGAGUCCCUGGGCAGCCCUACAGAAGAUGAGAACACAUCCUCUCCCCCAAACACGUUAAACUUCAACGGGGCUCAUCGUAAGAGGAAGACUCUUGUGGCACCUGAAAUCAACAUCUCCCUGGACCAGAGUGAAGGCUCCAUCCUCUCUGAUGACUUCUUGGACACCCCUGAUGACCUGGACAUCAAUGUGGAUGACAUUGAGACUCCUGAUGAGACAGAUUCCCUGGAAUUCCUAGGGAAUGGCAACGAAUUGGAAUGGGAAGAUGACACUCCUGUGGCCACGGCCAAGAACAUGCCUGGGGACAGUGCAGACCUGUUUGGGGACGGAGGGGCAGAGGAUGGCAGCGCUGCCAACGGGCGGCUCUGGAGGACUGUGAUCAUCGGCGAGCAGGAGCACCGCAUCGACCUCCAGAUGAUCAAACCCUACAUGAGGGUGGUGACACAUGGAGGCUACUACGGGGAAGGGCUCAAUGCCAUCAUUGUCUUCGCCGCCUGCUAUCUCCCGGACAGUAACCUGGCUGACUACCACUACAUCAUGGAGAACCUCUUCCUAUAUGUGAUCAGCAGCCUGGAGCUGCUGGUGGCUGAGGACUACAUGAUCGUGUACCUGAACGGAGCAACCCCCCGGAGGAGGAUGCCAGGCCUGGGCUGGCUGAAGAAGUGCUACCAGAUGAUAGACAGAAGGCUGCGUAAGAACCUGAAAGCCUUGAUCAUUGUGCACCCCUCCUGGUUCAUCCGGACAGUGCUGGCCAUCUCCAGGCCCUUCAUCAGUGUGAAGUUCAUCAACAAGAUCCAGUACGUUCACAGCCUGGAGGAACUGGAGCAGCUCAUCCCCAUGGAGCAUGUACAGAUCCCAGACUGUGUCCUACAAUAUGAGGAAGAGAGGAUCAAGGCCAGAAAAGAAAGGGCAGAAGAGAAACAAGACCUGGCUGAGAGGGAAAGCAGGUCUGAGCCCCCAGCAGAGGAUCAAGAAACCAGCAUGUCAUGAGUGGAAUGAAUGGAGCAGAAGAAUGAUGCAGCCUGGCACUCACCCACCUACCUGACCUUUUGGUAGAAGACCUUGCCACCAUCUAACUCUUGAGUUCUCUAAAGACCAUGGAGCCAUGCAAAGUCCUUUCAAGUUUUGGCAAACAUUUGACUUUGAAAAGGAAAAUGCAAGGACAAAAAAAAAUAACCCCAAACCCUCCAACAACAAACCAAAAAACUCAAACCCAAGCCACAAAGCAAACCAAGCCAAGAAAAGCACUUUCCAGGAGAGGUUCCAGCAAUGGUUUGUGGAAAGCUGUUGAGCAGUGCAGAGAAUUAACCACAUCUCCUCCCAGGAACAGCAUCCUGCAGUCCAUUAGCCACCAGCCCAGGGAGAGAGAUGUUUGGGUUGGUUUUUGGGGUUGGUUUGUUUCAAUCAGAAACCCUUUCCUCUAACUUGCUGCUGGCCAGCACUGAGAUGCUCUCCUUUAAUCUGCUCACUCCUCCAUUCCAGCAGCCCCAGGGAAUGUCUCAGCCAGGCAAUGAAAAGAGAGCAGCUGCCUGUACUUGUUCCUCCUGGAAAUAACAAGUGCCCACUGGUCUGGGCACCUCUUUCAGCCAGGGGCACCUCUUUCAGCCAUGGGCACCUCUUUCAGCCUUGGGUACCUCUUCCAACCUUGGCCACCUCUUCCCACCUGGGAACCUCUUCCAACUUGGCCACCUCUUCCCACCUGGGCACCUCUUCCCACCUGGGCACCUCUUCCCACCUGGGCACCUCUUCCAACUUGGCCACCUCUCCCAUCCUUGGCCAUCUCUUCCAACCUUGACCACCUCACUUAAUUCAGUUAUUAACUCACACCCAACUAAAUGCCACCUCGAACCCCAAACUGUUCUCUCUUGGUUUGCAAGGCAUUGAGAUAACUCUCCAAGAGAGACCCAAAAUGCCAGGGCAGCCUCCACAGGUGAGCAUCUCCUCCUGCCAGCAGGCAGGUCUGGCUGGAAGAGGGAGCCUUGUGGACAGGAAAGCUUCUGACACUUUGUCUCUGUGUGGAUUCCAUGCUGCUGGACAAUCAUUCACUCCUAAUACCUCCUGCUGUGCAGACAAAGCUGCUUAAAGGGCUCCCAGGAUGUUAGGGGUUGGAAGGGACCCAAGGACAUCAUCCAGCCCAAUCCCCCUGCCAGAGCAGGACAAUCCUAUCUAGCACAGAUCACAGAGGAACACAUCCAGACAGGCUUUGAAAGGCUCCAGAGAAGGUUGAACUGUCCUCCCUGCUGGCCCUGGGCAACCAGGCUCUCUCAUCUCCAAACACAGCUGCCCAGGGAAGCCCAGAGAGGGAAUGCUACAGUGGUAGAGGCAAGAGGCUGUGGUUGGCUUAGCCAUGAGAUGGAGAAGUGAUCCUGAGGCUCCUGAAGUGUGUAGUUUGGACUCUUGAGGAUUCUGUGAGCAAAGCAGAGGAGAAAAUUAAGAUACAACUCUCUGCCCACAACCAUUUGGAAGCUCCUGGUGCCAGCAGAGCCAACUUAGCCAAGCUGAAGCACAGCAGAGGAACCCCCACAGUGAAGACCUACCCAUGGAUCUCAGCACUCAAGGACUAUUCCAAGCCUAAGCCAGGGCUGUUUGACAUUGCCAACCCUUCACUCUGCUCCAUAAUCCCCUGGAGGGCAAUCCUGGCAAGGCAAAGCUCUCCUCAAGACAAGAAGGUCUCUUUUGGGUACCUUUCAGUGGAGACAACUGCUGCAGGGAGCUUUGUUUUCCCCAAAUGCUUGGAAGGAGCAAGGAAUUCAUAGAAUCAUGGAAUUGGGUUGGAAAGGACCUCCAAGAUCAUCCAGUACCAUGAGCAGGGACAUCUCCUACCAGCCCAGGGUGCUCAAGGACUCACCCAACCUGGCCUUGGACACCUGCAGGGAGGGGACAUCCACAGCCUCCCUGGGCAGCCUGUUCCAGAGUCUCCCCAUGAGCAGAAAGUGUUUUCUGACCUCCCUUCCUCCUUGAUAAAGGUUUCCUCUGCCACACUCCCACCACAGACCUGUUUGCCACACAGACCUUUGCAUGGCAGGCAGAGCACUGCACCCAAAGCAUCAGCCCCAGGAGCUGAAGGUGGUUAAAACCUCCACCCUCUGCCUCACCAGCAUGGUAGAGAGCACCAAGCAAGCAUCAACCUCCCAGUGCUUUCUAGAAAGGUCACUAAGAGCCAAUUAGCAGCCAGUGCUGAGCUGCAAGAGAGGGGGGGGAAAGGACUUGAGGGGGGAAAAAAGGACUUGAGGGGGAAUAAAAAGACUUCAGGAGGAAUAAAAGGACUUGAGGAGGAAUAAAAGGACUUGAGGGGGAAUAAAAGGACUUCAGGAGGAAUAAAAGGACUUCAGGAGGAAUAAAAGGGCUUCAGGAGGAAUAAAAGGACUUGAGGAGGAAUAAAAGGACUUGAGGGGGAAUAAAAGGACUUGAGGAGGAAUAAAAGGACUUGAGGGAGAAUAAAAGGACUUGAGGGGGAAUAAAAGGACUUCAGGAGGAAUAAAAGGACUUGAGGGGGAAUAAAAGGACUUGAGGGGGAAUAAAAGGACUUCAGGAGGAAUAAAAGGACUUCAGGAGGAAUAAAAGGACUUCAGGAGGAAUAAAAGGACUUGAGGGGGAAUAAAAGGACUUCAGGAGGAAUAAAAGGACUUGAGGGGGAAUAAAAGGACUUGAAGGGGAAUAAAAAGACUUGAGGGGGAAUAAAAGGACUUCAGGAGGAAUAAAAGGACUUGAGGGG